CUUAAUGGCUAACGUUUCGGUGAAACCACCUUCGUCGGAGCCUAUAUACGUACCUCCACAGUUUUGGCAAGUGAUUUUGUAGACCACACCAAAUGCGCUACAGUCACCUUCUCUGCCAUUAGGACAGACCACACAAUUAGGUGUUGCACAUGUGCGAUCGUACAUGCGGUUACGGACUAA